GACAUGUACCUAAAAUAUUUUCUAAAACAUCAAAAUAACGGCGACUUUUACUAUCUGGGAUAGUUAUGUUCCCGUAAUAUUUCAGAAACGUUCUUGCGGACCAAAGCGGACGUUUUGACAUUGCUGCAAUCUUACAGAAACAUUGCAGAGACGUAACGUAACGUUACUGUAACAAUUUCAACAUUUCAGUGUUAUGUCUCUGCAAUAUUGCAGAUACUUUUGUGUACUAUCAGGUCAUUGUUCUUUUGUGUAAUAUCACCGAACCAUUAUCCAAUCCUUCUUCCUGUCGAUCAAUCUUGAAUUUGCGAGACUUAUGUCCGUAUUGAUAGUCAGGCCUUAUACUUAAGGCCUUUUUAAAUUCAUCUUUAGAUACUUUGUAACCAUCAAUGAAAUGAUCCGUAGAGCAUCUAAAGAUAAACUUAAGGAGACCUUAAAUAUAAGGUUUGACUAUGAAUACGGGCAUAAAUCUCCGUUCUCUGAGUAAAGUGUUUAGAUUGACCCAAAUUAACCCAAAAAUAGGAGCGUUACCAUCAAGAAUACGACGUAACACAUCAUAUUUUCCAUGGUAGUAGAAUAUUUCAUGUUUACGUAAUUUGUAGUCUGUUUUUUGUCGCAAACUAAUUUCUCGUCAGAUGUUCGAAUUAGAUCCGAAAACUUGUCAAAAGGACAGAGAAUUUCGCAAUCUGAGAUUGUUUAUCGAUAAUGGACGAAAUGUCUCGAUAAUAUAAAAUAAAAUUACGUCGCAUAUAGAAUUAAAUUUGUAAUAUAUUUUUGUUACUUAUAAAAAAUUUAAAUUUUUUUAUAGGGGAAGUGCGCCGGUUGUGGGCACGCUCUAGUUGUGGGCACCCAUACAUAAAUUUGAACAGCAAGCAUACGCUACUGAUCUGAGUACUGAAAACGUGUGUAUUGACGGUACGCAGUUUUCGUGUUGAUACCGAAAUGAAUACACGCAUUUGCGUAGUAGCUGUGAGCAUAGUAAAAAUUAUUUGCAAUAAAUAAACAGAAAAGUGAUUUUCUACUCUUUUCGAAGUGCGAUAAAUCGGUGUGAAUUCUUUCAAAAAGGUAAGUGUUUCAUUGUGUUUGCAGUAUUGUUAUUGUAUUUUGUGAUUUUAUUUCGUAUUCAACCAAAAUUUUUGCACCACAUAAUUUGUUAGUCUUUUGGAAAAAUAGCUGCCAUUCCCGGUUAUGAGCACCUUCAUGUUACCGGUUGUGGGCACCCUUGUUUUUUUUCAUUUAAUGCGUGUGUUUGGUUGAGAAACUGCGUAAUAUCGUUUUUUAUGUUGACGUAACGUAUUUUAUCACUGUUUUUAUGCAUUUCACGCAUUUUUAGCCACGUCAACCUCGGAAAAAUUAUUUGAUAAAAAAAAGGAUUUUAAUGCGCUGUUGCAAGCCAUUAAGUGUUGCUUAUACGGACAAUAAACCUGUCAAAGGAACUGCUAAAGCAUAUGGCAUUCCUCGGAGCAGUCUGCAACGCUAUUUGAAGAAAGUGGCAGCCCAAUUUGACGAUAUUUCAUCCGUAGAAGAUGGUGUUUUGUUGGAAUUUGUCUGGACCUACUGCCACGGAAAUUGACCGCCGCAAACUCCAUUAAAUGCAAUGAAUGCAGUCGUCCGGUGCACUGAUAUGCACAUGAUUUAAAGUGCACUGAUAUGCGUGCCAGCUACUUCACAUGCAAGCAUUGUGCUUUUGAUUUCGAAGAUGAAGAAGGCGAUGAGUAAUGUGAAAACGUGUCAUCUUUUUUUGUUCUUUUUGCCAAUGAAGGCUUCUAAAAUAAAUAAAUUUUUAUUUUUCCUUUAUUUGUGGGGGUUUUCCUUCAUAUUUUUCCAUUUUUAGCGAAUUUUUUAAGGGUGCCCACAACCGGGUACAAAUUUUUUUUGUCCAAAAAUUGUCACUUUACUAAAUUUUUAAUAAAAUUUUUCUAGUUGAAGAAAUCAAUUUAGUUCCUUCACUGACAGUUAGCUAAGGCCUCUAGCUUUCCACUGGUACACAUAUGUCUGCAUAAUAUGCAUUUAGUCAAAAGUUAUGAGCUAAAAACAAAAUGGUGCCCACAACCGGCGCACUUCCCUUACAUGCUAACAUUUAAAAAAAAUAAUUUCAAGAAUUAAAUUUAAAAAAAAAUAUAAUAUAUUUUAUGAUAUAUUUUAUAAUAUAUAUUAUAAUAUACGUUUUUAUAUAUUUUUAUGUCUGAACAGAUUUUAUUCUACAUUUUCUUUUUAUUUAAUAAGAAAUUACUUCUUUCUAGAUUUCCGAAAAAAUGGUCCUUAUAUGUAAUUAUAUAUAUUUAUGUGGUUUAUUUUUUCUCGAAUGUAUUAACAUUUAUGUAUUUACAGACAUAUACUAUUUGAUAACUUACUCACUUUUACAUAAUACUGACUGUUUUGCUGUAACAAUUCUAGAAUAACUGCGCUAAAAUAUUCAGGUACAUGAGGUUUGUAUACUUUGAACGCAUACAACAAUGCCGCGAUGUUAAGGUAACCACUUGUUACGGGCCGGAUUUCCCCAUCCGACUUCGUAACCGACAUAUGUAGAUCGCGACUAAGCAUUCGGCGAAAUAUCAAUGUAGCAAAAGAAAAGAUCGCGCAACUCCAAGCGCGACAAUGAGAAAAUAGCGCAACGGCCCAAUUAGAGCCGAAUACCCGAAAUUCAGACGCAGCAGCCUUGCCGAGUAGCAGGAACGCUGAUCGGCAAGGAUGCAACGUAACCUAGAAAACUGGAAUAAAAAAGGGAAAGCCCAACGCCAAGUCGGGCUCAGUCAUAAUCAAUCUGUCGCGUUAUAAUUAUUCUGUCACGUAACCCUGCUGUAAAAGUAAUCCAUCGAGUGAAGUUAAGUAGUGAAAUAAAGUGUACAUAUUAUCCACGUUGGAAGUGCCUUAUUUAAACCCCAAUUCCCGGGAGCGCACUCUCGAGCAAGCAGAGUGCAGCCAAUAAUAAGUGACCAGCGGUGCGAAGGGCCUCUAACGGAGGACGGACCCCGACGUGCACGGAACGGCACGACACACUGUAUAAAUAAAUUUUCGUAUUUGACUUUGUACAGUUUGCUUCUUAUACAGCUAGCAUAUUUACUGACAUGACAUAAAUUAUCGGACCUAUAAAUUUUCACUCACGGUAAACAUGCAACCAUAAUAAUAAAAUUCUGAAUAUGCUCUUACCAGCAUACAGCCUCCUUAAUAAAGGAGAAUAAUUUCCAAUAUUGUAUGCAAAUAAUGGACCAUCCGGGAAAUAAUUAUAUACCCAUUCAGAAAGAGUCAGAUUCAUAAAUGAUUCCGCUACGAAAGUUUAUAUAAAUAAAGCAUCCUCAGAAGUGUCUCGAUCUUCUUGCCGGUUAACUUUGUUAAUUCAUUUAUCGUGCCUCUGAAUUGGGAAAAUUUUUUUUUAAUUUCGGGCAAACUUAGUACUCGAUUAUGUUCAUUGAGAUACCUAAAAAUAAUCUGAAAUAUAGAUUAUAUUCCUCGUAAAUUUUUGAGCUUCAGAAUAUAAAUCUUAAAACUAUUAUAUUUUAUUUAACAAUCAUUGUUUCACAUAUAAACACAAAAUUACAUGUUUCUUAAAAAAUUUAAGAAAAAUAUGUUGUAAUGUUAAAUUUUAAGAAAAUAUUAUAUUAAAAUUAUAAUAAUCAUCUAAUACACAAUAUGAUUAUAAUUUUGAUAAACAAACUUUGCUCUAAUUCUUUUGUAGGAUUUUAAUCCUAGUUCUAAUUGUACAAUAUUGUUUACAUAGGUUGUCUCUAGGAGAGCAUGGUCUUAUUUUGUACAAAUAUCAUAAAUUUUAUGUGUCAAUCAAAUAUCAUUGUAAAGUGACAGCAAUUAUCGACCGUAAUGUUAAAAAACUAAUUUUUUUUAUAUGAACUCGAUCAUUCUUCUUUACAUUUUUGUACGUAUUAUAAUUCUAUAAAAGUACAAUUUUAUAAAGCUAAUUAAAAGUUUAAAAUUAGUUUAAAACAGGGAAUGUUGGUAAAAUAGACGACUAUAGAAUUUCUUUAAAACAAAAAAGGUUCUUUCUUCUGUGUGUUUAAGGUAAAGCUAAAGUGCCUGUUAAACUCAAUCGGCGACAGUAAUGUAGUCAUUCGUACAUAUCAUAUGUAUUUUUUUUUUAUAGAUUUGGAAAUCCUUUUCUAGAAUUAAAGUACAUGUAUUAAUAUUAGUGUACGAAUUGGACUUUAUACCGAGAAUAAAAAAUUGUUUUUAGAUUGUUUUUAAAUUUUUAUUACCUUGUACUUGCAAUUAUAAAAAGUUGAAAUAAAAAAACUUUCUUUCUAGGCUUAAUCUUAUUGUUAGUUUGAAUUGCAUGUUUGUAUAUGUUAUCUCUAAAAGAAUAUGGUUUCAUUUUGUACAUCGUAGACUUUGUAUAUUAAGUAAAUAUUAAGUAAAUAUUGUUAUUAAGUUCUACGUAUGAAAAAUAAAAUUUUUUUUGUUUUUUUAUAUAUAUUUGGUCGUUUUUCUUUAGAUUUUUGUGCGUACUUUAAUUCUGUAAAAGACUUGCAAUUCUAUAAAACCACUGAAAACUUAAUUUAUUUAUAAUACGUAAAACAGACGGUUUUAGAAUUUUCUUAGAUAUAGUAAUUGUUUGAUCGUCACUUUCGUUACUAAAACUGCAUUCCGUUUCACGCAUAAUGCGCAUAAUGCAUCAUUCAUCUUUAUUGUUUGUCUGACGUUAAACAAAGAUGAACAAUGUAUUAUGCGCAUCAUGCGUAAAACGGAACGCAACCUAAGUCAUGCUUACUGUGGGCAUUCGAUAGACGCAAAAAAUUAUCAUCAGCACGUGGUAAGCACGUGAUCGGAAUCGGUUGUCAAUUUAAAAGGUUCCACUGUUAUAGUUUAUUCUUUGGCAGAAACAGAAGGUGAAAACCAAUUGCAGAGACAUUUUUGUUCUAUCAAAAUCGGAACUAUGAGCUACGACGAAUUCUGGCUGAUACAGAUCUCUAAGUUUAUAUCUGCUGUACAAAAUUUGUCCUAAUUUAUAUUCACGCCUUUUGCCCCGCUAGCAAAUUACAUUAAUUAAUUAAUUAUAAAACUGCAUUAAUUAAUCUCAAAUUAAGUUAUAAUGCACGGUAUUUUACUAAAAUAAAUUUAAUUAGUAUAAAUAAGCUUGCUAAAUCAUAAAAAUAAUUAUAAAAAACACUUAAGCUUGUUAGAGAUCGCGAGAUUGACAAAAGUUAAGUUUUGUCAAUCUGGCGAGAUCAGUUUGAGUAUCCUACACUGAGAAAAAAAAUCAGUUGAUUUUGCCAAUUAGUUCAAUAGAUUCUACUGAGCAACUCAAGUGGGGCGUUGUUACUAUUUGAGCACCGCGGUAGUUUUUACUUGGUAAACGGCAGCGUAAGUUUGUGACUGCGUACUAGGAGUUUUACUGUAGUCUGCGAAGUUUAAUAAACAAUUAUUAAAUCUGUAUUAAAGUGAUCACGGUAAGGCAGUUUUUAGUUACUAUUACUAUGUCACAAUUCGCAGAUACAUUUGAGCGUAAUUGUAGAAAAAAAUAACCUAUAACCUAUAUAAAUAGAUGUGUAUAAUAUUUCAACAAAAUUAUUUUCUAUAGAUCUUUAUGUAUAUACAGGGUGAUUCUUAAUGGAUGUUUUUGCUUUUUACCAUCAGAGACUUACCGACGAUAACUUAUUGACUGUAUUUCUAAAGACUGCAUCUUAGUGACAGUUCCUUAGGUCGACGGCAAGUUAAAAAGUAUUUAAACAUUUUUUGUUAAGGAAAACUAAUUUCCAGACAACAUUAUGACGUCUUAAAGAUGUCUUAAAGACGUCUCAAAAUUUCUAAGACGUCUUACAAAAUUGUCAGAAAGACGUCUUUAAGACGUUAUAUAUUGAGACAUCUUAUGUCCCGAUUUCCGACGUCUUUAAGGGGUUACACCAACCUAGCGGGUUAAAAAAAUCGAUUUUUUUAUUACAUUUUUUUGAAGCUUCAAGUUUCGAGAAUAUAUCCUGAAAGUUUUAUGUUGAUAUCUGCAAAAAUGUCGGAAUUACAAAGAGUUGAGUAAAACGGGAUCGAGCGUUUAAGUGCUUGAUUUGGAGCAAUAUCAACAUAAAUCGCCACUGGACGAUGAUGUGAUUAAAGCCAUUCGUCUAAUAUUUGAACAACUUUCUAGUGAUAAUUUACUGGAGAGAUUUACGUCGAUAGAUUUACGCAAAACGUUAACAAAAGUUUGAACAAUCUGACUUGGCGCAUAGCGCCAAAAGUGCAGCGCAACGAUGUACACGUUGUGCAAAUUGUUGCCAAUAUUGCUGCAUGCACAUUUAAUGAAGGUGCUGCCGCAUAUUUAUUAAUGAUAAUAAAAGAAUUGUGCUGCAUAUUGCGAAAAUCAAGACCGAGCGCGCAUCGAUGUGGCCGAAGUACUACCGCAGAAGGUGACGCGCGAAGGAAGGAUUGCUCGCCGUCAACAGAGGUUUUCACAGAGCGCUGCUGCUAUUGAUGUGGAAGGAAUCUCAUAUGGCCCCGAAAUUGCAGAUUAGAGUCGCCAGCUCCUUUCACCUUCAAGAAGCAAAGUUCGGAUGCUCCCCUGUGCUGGAUCUCGUCCGGAACACCCGCUUCGACGUCAGGAAACAGCACCGUGCUGAGAUCAGUAUCCCGCUUAUAGGUUAUGUGCUCCCGCGUUGCGUCGGUUUUCCCUCGACGCUCGUGGUCCUAUUCCUUACACUAAUCCCUUCUCUUUUAUUUUCAGGUGCCUCCCGUAGCUGCUCAGGAUUCGUCUGGAUCGCCGCAAUCUCUCCGGAACAUCACCAGAUCGCCCAGGACUUCCCCUCAGGAAAGGACACUCACAUCCGGAUAGGUGCCCGUCCGCGUCGCUUUUUCACACUCGGGUCAUCGGAUGGAAAAUAUCUCGCUUAAUCACAACG